AACUUGUCCUAACUCUGUAUUUUUAGUGGCGACUGGCUGUUGAAAUUUCUUUACCGUACAUCUUCGGCAACACUUAAAAUAGCAGGACUUCAACCAGUGAGGUGGAAUGACAGGCGAAUGUGUAAUGUUGAUUUGAGCAGUGUGGUAUCGGGUCACUUAGACUACUCUAAUAAGAUGGAUAUAAUACUCAAGGCUGUUGGUGUUCGUACCUUUGAUGAUGUAAUAGAUGUAGACGCCCAUUUGAGAAAGUCUCGAUCAGCUUUACCUCACAUAGGUAAACAAUAUCCUAAAACGUUGGUUCGUAAGUACCUGCACAGAUCAAAAUCAGAUAGUGCCAUCUGUAAGCAGCCAAGAAUAAAUGAACAACCUGCUACAUCCUACCUCAACCGACAUGGCUCCUUCUCGACAGCAGAGAGCUUCUCUAGCAACAGCAGCUCUAUCUCUAGUUGCCUGCUCAGUCCAACGGGUCUUCAACAUUCACAAGUUAUGACAGAAGAACUCAAGGAUGGUAGCAGAACAUCUGACACUAGGUGGCAGUGGUGAUU